CGGCCCGGCCCGGCCCCCCCGGCGCGGAGCGGAGCGGCGCGGAGCGGAUCGGCGCGGAGCGGCGGGAGGCGGCGGGGGCGCGGGCGGAGCCGCUGCCGGUGCCGGCCCCGCUGGCGGAGCCGCGGGUCCCCCGGUCCCUGCGGGUCCCUCCAUGUCGCCAUGGCCCCCGCGGCUGCCCGGCCCCGCGCCGCCCUGGCCCUGGCGCUGCUGCUGCCGCUCGGAGCUCUCGCGUCUGAGUGGCCGCCCCGAAACGCCAGCGAGGCCGAGGGCAGAGCCUGGGGGGGCUCCCUGGAGAGCAGCCCCCCGCCAUGGGACCCGGCGAGCAGAGACCCCCCGGGGGGCCCCAACAAUGGCACUGGCCCCGGGGGGGCCCCAGCGAGAGGUGAACCCCACACUGGACCCCAGCUAGAGCCCCCCGGGGGGGGCACGGCCACCACCACGGACCCGGCCGUGCCCGAGGGCUGCGCGGGGUGCGCCGGGGAGGGCGACGCCAGCGCUGUGCCCCCCAAGCCCGGCUCAGCAGAGGACGGCGGGGCCGCGGUGACCUGGCCCGGUGACGGGGGGACGGUGGCGGUGGCGCUGGGCAGCCCCGAGGAGCCGGGCAGCGGCGAGCGGCCCACGCCGGCCUCCCUGCCCAGCCCGGGGGGCUUUGGGGGGCUCACGGCUGCCCCACCGAGCCCCCCUGGCCGGCGGCUCAACACCGACUCAGCCGAAUCUGACCUGCUGCUGGCGGCCGGGGGCUCGGCCCCGCACACCCCCGUGCCGGGGGACCCCAGCUCCAUGCCCGGGGACUUGGGGCGUCCCCCGGAGCUCUGGGGGGCCCCAUCCAGCCCGGCCCCGGCGCAAGGGGCUCGUGGCCGCACAGAUCUGACCUGGCUGGAGGAGCCCAUCACGGCCGCCACGGGCCCGGCCGAGCCGCCCGCCGAUCGGACGGGCUCAGAAAUCAUCGACGUCGACUACUACGACCUGUUCGAGGGGGGCGAGGGGCUCGGGGGGUUCCCUGGGGGCAGCCAGGGGGCAGCCGGCUCGGCGCGCCGGCGGGAGCCGGAGGAGGCGGCCACGCCGUGGGCCCUCCAUGAGCUCUACGACGACUUCACGCCCUUCGACGAAGCCGAUUUCUACCCCACCACCUCCUUCUAUGCCGAUGGGGAUGAGGAAGAUGAGCUGGAUGAGGAUGAGGAGGAAGAGGAGGAGGAGGAAGAUGGGGGGCUGGAGGACGAGAACGGCUACCGGCUGCCCACUGCGGCCGUGCCCGGCGCCCAGCCGCCACCGCGGGACCCCCGACCCACCGGCCGCCGCGACAUGGCCCCGCCGCAGCCCCCUGGCGUCAUGGGGGGCAGCCCCACGGCGCGGCCGCGGCCAGGGGAGCGGGGCCAGCCCGAGAACGGCAGCGAGUGCCCGAGCGGGUACGUGCGGCACAACAGCUCCUGCCGCUCCCUCUGCGACCUCGUCCCCAGCUACUGCCACAACGGUGGCCAGUGCUACCUGGUGGAGAGCCACGGGGCCUUCUGCCGGUGCAACACGCAGGACUACACGUGGCACAAGGGGACACGCUGCGAGGCCAUCGUCACCGACUUCCAGGUGCUGUGCGUGGCCGUGGGCUCGGCCGCCCUCGUGGUGCUCCUGCUCUUCAUGCUUACUGUCUUCUUCGCCAAGAAGCUCUACCUGCUCAAGACGGAGAACAGCAAACUGCGCAAGACCAAAUACCGCACCCCGUCCGAGCUGCACAACGACAACUUCUCCCUCUCCACCAUCGCCGAGGGCUCCCACCCAAACAGAGAAGCCAAGGGCUUGGCGGAGCCGGAGGAGGAGCGUAGGUCCCUCUAGCCUUUGCCUUACCCCACCACCGGUUUUUCCCCGUCUUUUCGACCGCCUUUAGCAGCCGUAGCCGCUGCCGCUCAGCCCGGCCACCGUGGCAGGAGGCUCCCGGGCCGCUCGCUCCCCACUGCCGAGAGGAGGAACCUUGGGAUGGAUUCGGUGCUGCUCCCCGGCGUCCCGCCGGGUCCUGACCCGUCCCCCGUCCAGGGCUCGGUCCCACAGCAGCACAUGGUGCCUGGGAUGCAGCACAACGAGGACGUGGAGGGGACAGAGGGGUCAACACCCCCGCGAAAGGGGUUUUUGGGGACACACGGUGAUGCAGCUUGGUGCCCUGGCAGUGGUGUCUGUCCCGCGGGGUUUGCCGUGGAGUCCAUGGUGUGAGCCCCGACCAGCUGGGGUCACUGCCCUGAAGAUGGAGGUUUCCCAUCCCCAUAUGAGAUGGCACUUGGGUGUCUCCAUCCAUCCAUCCACCCACCCAUCCACCCAUCUAUCCAUCCAUUCAUCCAUCCUUCCGUCCAUCCAUCCACCCAUCCAUCCAUCCACCUAUCCACCCAUCCAUCCAUCCAUCCACCACCCGCCACGUGGCACCGGGAGCACCAUUCUGGCACCGUAGGCACCAUUCUGGCACUGUGAUGAUGCCGGCGGGACACUCACCGCCAUCCCACACUCGCAGCCCCCUGCACCAGGGCUCAUCUUGCCCCACCAGCACCAACGGUGACACCAGGACUGUCUGGGCACAGAAUUACCCACCGCAGCCGGAGCUUGGCCCCGGUGCCGGGGGGCUGAUCUCCCCAUGGACUGGGACAAACUCAGGGGGCAGCCGCUCCCGGCAGCCGCGGGGGGAUGUCGGGAAGAGGCACCCCCGGCUUUGCCGCCGGCAGAUCGGGCACGCCAGGGCCAGCUGUACGCUAAAAAACACAAUAAACCCACCCCCUCGGGCCUCCUGCCAA